CACCUCACUCAGCACCAUUGGAUUGGGUCCACCCCCAGAUUUCCAUUCUCUGGUUUCUCUACCUUCUCUUUUCUAUUCCUCACCAUCAACCUCAAAACCCCCUCUCAAAAUAUCUCUAACAUUCUCAAUACCAAUACAAAAACCCCCCCAACAAACUCAAGAACAAACAGUACACCAUUUGAUUCCAUUCACAGCCCAAAUCCAUGGCAACCCCUUUUUUGCUCCAAUCAAACAUCAAAUUGAACCCAUACCCUCUUUUCCAUCCAUACCCAAUUCCAAUUCGAUCCCCCAUUAAACCCAUAAAAAAAUCGCCAAACUUUACCAAAAACUACUUCAAAUUCAACAGAACAACCUCUAAACUCAGCGUGAAAUGCUUUUUCAUGAGCAACAACUCCAUGAAAAAAAGUGUGGAAUUGGUUAACGAAGAAAGAGCUUCGAACCCAUUUGAAGUUAUUGCCAAAUCCAUAUUGGAAGCCCUGAAAGCUCUCCAAAAGCCCACAAUCGCAGCUGUUUUGGUGGGGCUUUUGUUGAUGUAUGAUCCCAAUUCGGCAUUGGCUGCCUCUGGUGGGAGGAUGGGAGGCAAGUCCUUUUCGUCGCGUUCUUCUUCGUCUUCUUCUUCGUCGAGGUCGGCUAGCCCAGGGUUUUCAUACUCUGUGCCUUAUUAUGCACCCUCACCAUUUGGUGGUGGUGGGUACUAUGUUGGGCCAGCAGUUGGUGUUGGUGUGGGUGCUGGGUCGAGUUUCUUUCUCAUUUUGAUGGGUUUCGCCGCCUUUAUGUUGGUUUCCGGGUUCUUAUCUGAUCGGUCUGAGGGUGGUGUUCUCACUGCUACUGAGAAAACUAGUGUUCUUAAGCUGCAGGUUGGCUUGUUGGGGAUGGGGCGGUCACUUCAAAGGGACCUUAAUCGGAUUGCUGAAACUGCUGAUACGUCCACUUCAGAGGGUCUGAGCUAUGUAUUGACAGAGACAACACUUGCUUUGCUUCGACAUCCUGAUUAUUGCAUCUGUGGUUAUUCAUCUGUGGAUGUAAAGCGUAGCAUAGAAGAAGGCGAGAAACGAUUCAAUAAACUUUCGAUUGAGGAGCGUGGAAAAUUCGAUGAAGAGACACUGGUCAAUGUGAACAACAUAAAAAAGAAAAGCACAACAAACCAAAGAGCCAGUGGAUUUAGCAAUGAGUACAUAGUGAUAACAAUCUUGGUGGCUGCUGAAGGAGUACAUAAAUUGCCCGCCAUCAAUGGCAGUGCAGACUUGAAGGAAGCCUUGCAAAAGCUUGCCUCUAUCCCUGCAAGCAGAACACUAGCUGUGGAGGUGUUGUGGACUCCUCAGAACGAAAAUGACACUUUGUCGGAGCGCGAAUUGCUUGAGGAUUACCCGCUCUUGCGGCCUCUAUAAAUAACAUAUUUUGCUACCUUAUAUUUUUACAGUUAGAGAUAUGAACUCAACUGUUUUUUAGGAUCCUGAGUACAGUUAGUAAAGAGAAAAUUUGUUUAUGGUACAGAAAAGUUCACUUGUGUAAGAUCAACUGCAUAUAAUGUUGUACUUAAUUUGUAUACUUACAAAUAGAGAGUAUUCGCUAUGAAGCAAAAGCUCUCUUUCACUACUAGCUCUGUAAAUUUUGCCCAUUUUAUAUCUAGUAAAUCUAAGUGCAUAGAAUGAGACAGAGAUGUGAGUGGGAACACUCUUUAUCUCACAUGUGUCUCAUUCUGUGAAAAUCUUAUGUGUCUAUA